AAUGUGGCGCCAUCGCAUCUUGCAUCAGACAUCAGCCCGGAAGGAUAUCUGUAUCAUCUUGCGCGGCGUGGAGUGAGGGCAGUGCUUCUGGAGCGUGCUCAACUCACAGCCGGUACCACCUGGCACACUGCGGGCCUGCUCUGGCGUCUGCGCCCCAACGAUGUCGAUAUCCAGCUGCUUGCCAACUCGCGUCAAAUGAUCCAGCAACUGGAGUCGGAAACAGGCCUCGAUCCUGGCCGGAUACAGAACGGAGGCCUCUUCAUCGCCCACAACGAGACGAGGCUGGACGAGUACCGGCGCCUGGCCACCGUGGGAUCUGCUCUGGGCAUUGAGACACAGAAGUUGUUCCCCCUCCUGGAUCCCUCUGCUUUCAUUGGCGCCCUCUACUCUCCCGGCGAUGGUGUCAUGGAUCCGGCCAUGCUGUGUGCGGCCUUGAAGAGAGCGGCCACCAAUCGGGGCGCAGAGGUGAUCGAGAAUUGCGGAGUCGAUGACAUUCUCCUGGAGCAGACAUCGCGCGGCAAAAAGGUAGUCGGCGUGGCAACACCCUAUGGCAACAUACGAACGGAGUGAGUGGUAAAUGCCACAGGAGUCUGGGGCCGGGAUCUGGUGGCCAAGCACGGCUCGCACCUACCGCUGGUGCCUAUGAAGCACGCCUACAUCGUUUCCGAAUCGAUACCAGGAGUGCCCAAUAUCCGAGACCACGACUACUCCACAUACUUCCGCAUCCAGGGCGAUGGAAUCUGCAUGGGUGGCUAUGAGCCUGUCUGCGGCCCUGAGUCAUUCACACGCGACCACAAGCCUUUAAUGGGACCCGAUCCUGUCCUGAACGGACUGUAUCACAACUGCGGCUUCAACUCGGCAGGCAUGAUGUUCGGCGGAGGCUGUGGGGAACAGCCCGCCCUGUGGAUCCUCAAUGGCCAACCGGAUCUGUCCAUGUUUGGUUUUGAUUUGCGUCGCUUCACACCCGAGCAGGGACGCGCCACCCAGUGGAUACGGGAGAAGUCGCACGAGAGCUACGUGAAGAACUACAGCAUGGUGUUCAAGUACGAUCAGCCGCUGGCCGGCCGUGAUUUCCAGAUGGAUCCGCUCCACGACCAGAUGAUUCUGGCCAACGCCGUCAUGGAGGAGAAGCAGGGCUGGGAGCGUCCCGGCUACUUCCUGCCCUCAGGAGCUGAGAGAGCUGCCGUUCAGCCAUACGACUGGUAUGGCAGCUACGGACAUUCCCGCAAUCGGGACAUCGUCUACGAGCAGGUCCUCGAAGGCGAUCUCCAGUACGGCCGGUUCUCAGAGCAUCACGAUCUGAUCAAGUCGGAAGCGUUGGCUUGCCGAAAUAACGCGGUGGUCUUCAACAUGAGCUAUUUCGCCAAACUGCUGCUCGGGGGACCGCAAGAGCAACAGGCGGCGGACUGGCUCUUCUCCGCCAACACGAAUCAGACCACCGAUCUUCGCCCGGACGACACCCCGCUAGAGGCUGGUCUGGGCUUCACCUGCCGCAAGAGCGGCAGCGAAUACCGUGGCAAGGCGGCCAUCGAGCGGCAACGUUCCGAAGGGGUCAAGAAGCGCUUGGUCUAUCUGACGCUGCAGGAGGAGGAUGUUCAAAGGGGCAAUCAAAGACUUACCAUGGCGACUGUGUAAUCGAUGGAAUUGAUCUCCUCGCCUUUGAUCACGACCAGACUAGUUUCACCGUUCUGUUGGUUCAGGAAGCGAACCACCUUCUCCUUUAGAUACUCCGCGGAGGCAUAGUCGAGCUUCUGCUUUACAUCCA